UGAUGUGUGAAGAGGCGUCGCGACGCAGGCGUCACAUUUGUCGGAGCGCUAAAACCGAUCAACUAUAUAAAGGAUAACGCCGUGUUAUUAGCAUUCUUCCUAGUGGUGUCAUCUUCAACGGACGAAGACUUAAAACAAAACACGAUGCAAAGAUAUUCAGCGAUGAAAUGUUUGUGUGCCGUCACUUGCAUUAUGAUUGUGGUGGCGACAGUUACUUCAGCAGCGCCAUCUUAUGCAGAUUAUGACAAUAACAUAAGGGACUUGUGGGAGAUACUGCUUCAGAAGGAGGCGAUGGACGACAAAUUUGCACCUGGGGGACCCCACCAAAUGGUGAGGAAAUCGGGACGUUCGCCAUCGUUAAGAUUGAGGUUUGGGAGGAGGUCUGAUGCAAGCAUGACGCCGGAAGCAGCGUUCAUGAUGGCUCAAGCGGUCGACCAUGAAACCAAUUAAUUAAUCCAAACGCAUCGCAAUGUUAAAAUGCCACCGAUCUCCACAUUUGUAGUAAACGAACCUUAUUAGAACUUAUCUACUAGACUCAAAAGACGUUGUUAUCCUUUCGAGUAUUUUUUUAAUUAUGUAAUGAACAUAGAGAAAGAAAAAAGUAAAAUACACCACCCCCAGUGUUUUACGUGUGAUAUGAUAAAUUUGAUUAGUUUUCUUGCGCACCUUAUUGUCACACUCGCAUGCUAACUAACUAAAAUAAAAUGUAUAAGCUGUGUUGUUGGUCAUUUGUGUAAAUUUCUGCAAAAGAAUAAACAAAUUUUGUGAUGUAA